AAAUGCACAUGCGAUGCUUCCUAAGGGCGGAAUCUCAAAGAUUUCGUAUCCAAAAAUUUGUGAAUGAUGCUUAAAUAUGUAACUAUAAACCCUAGAAAUUUCGCUUUAAUCAAAUAUUUCUUUCCUUCCCAAAAAAAAAUCGAUUUUUUGAAGCCUCUAAACCUUAAUGUAUUUUCAAUAAUUUCGGCGCCAUGCAUUAAUAUUUUAUGCAUAGUCGGAGUCAUGGGAUGCCACCCAUAGAGAUCACAAUACAAUCUGGUCGUUGCCAUAGCAUACUCAUCAAAUCUUUAGGUGCCUAUUUUAUGUUCACUUGAGGUAGUUUCCAAUAUAGCUUUUAAUCUAUAGAUGAGUUUAAAAUCAACUUUUGUUAAAUCAGCAGCUAAUUGCGGGUUUUCAAAAAAUCUCCUACUUUUAUUGCCAUUAUUGGUAUUGCCGAAAUUAGGAUGUCUACUAACAAUCCAGUUUCUAUGCAAAAUCUUUCUUGACUAAUUCUUUUGGUUUGUGUUUCUACCCCUUUUUCUUCUUUUGAUCUCUUUUGUCUACACUUUUUUAUGGGUAACUUUUAUGCCAGAUGUAAAAUGCUUCGAACAAAUCGAAUCCGGGCGUGCAGUACUUUGGAACUUGUCUGUAAUUUCUGAGUCAGAUUAUUAAAAUCUCUAGAUGUGGCUCCCGAAAUAUAACACAUGCUUGUUAAUUUGGUAUCAGUUGCAGUAUUGCACACAUGGCCGUCGACCGUUGUCAUUUUAAAUAUAAUAUGUAUAUGUUCAAAGAAAAAAUUGUUCUCAUGCAAUUUAUAUUCUGUACGCGUCAAUUUUUAACUUUUUUCUUCUUUUGUUACAUCCACAGAUACUUUAACAAACCGAAACCUACUUGGUCUACGAUAUCUAGGCGAUGACGGUGUAGAGUUUUGCCACAUAUUUUUUUCCUUCCUUUCCACACGUUAUUCUAAGAGGAACAAACGAACUCAGAAACAUAUUGAAGGGGGUUACCCUGUAAGGCGUUGCGCAAGUGAAAAAGCUCGUAAAUGAAAAAAAGCAACUCUGUAAGGCGACAAGCGCAUUGGAAAUUGCGUUUUGCCCACUUAUUUUUACCCCUUCGCAAUGACAGCACUCUGUACUGCGUAAACGACUGUCAAAUCUGUGCGUUUAACAUAUUUUUGAUUCGAUAUCAAACUGGCAAACGCAACGGACAAAAAAUGGAACAUUCUAAAAAUAAACAAACAAACCCAACACAGUUCGAAAUUUUAAUCAAUUAUAUGAAAACACAUUCGGAACUUUCCAAAGGACAACUGAAAACUGUGGACGCGAAAAAUGCUGCAAAUUAUUUAUGGAAAGAGUUGGUAUGUGACCUUAAUGUUGCGGGGCCACCAUCGCGCGAUGUUUUAAAAUGGAAAAAGGUAAAAAAGAUUAAUUGUAAAUGGUUUUUGAAGCACAUAUUACUUAAUUAUUUAAAGGUUUGGUUGGAUUAUAAAACCCAUUUGAAAGCAAAAAUGCGGCGGAACAAAGUAAGUAUCUCUGGAACUGGUGGUGGUCCUCCAAGUCAUUACUCCUUAACACCGUUGGAGGAGCAGGUUAGUGAGCUUCUGGCAAUGGAAAUAUCCGUCAGUGGAAUAAGCGGCGCCUCAGAAUUUGGUGCAGCACAGUUAACACAACCAAGUGGGUCAGACAUCACAACCGACGAAUUCCGACAGAAUGAACCAACGCCGGUGGAUGAAAUGCCACAUUGUUCACGACAAAGAGUCGCUCCGCAAAAGAAAGAUAGCCUUUUAAAUAAGCAGGUGGAUAACCAAAUCGCUUAUCACAAAGGUUCAUUAAAAGUGUUAUCUGAAAGUAAUGAAAAUCUAAAGGUAAUUUCAAAAUGUAUGAAAAAAAAACAUAAAAUGGCUAAAAGAAAAUAUAUAUUGGCUGUUGAAAAAUUCGAACACAAAAAAAGGAUUGAUUUGGACAAAACAAAACUAAAAUUUGCAACACUAGAACUAAAAAAGCAAAUGCUAGAAAUUGAACGGUCCGACCAAUAAAAAUAUUGUAUUUUAGUUAUUGAUAUUGAAGUCUGUUACUUAUUUUUUAAUACUUACUGAUAAUUACUUAUUUAUUAUAUUAAUAGUUUAAAUGAAUUGUUUUGAUUUAAAAACGUAUUUCGUGCUGAUGUGAUAGUUUUUACUUUUUAUUACAUACAAGUAUAUAAUACUUACAUAUAUAGAUAUGUACGAGGGCUGUCCGAUAAAUAACCGACCUCAACGUGAAGCUAGCCGCACAUCUGAAAAAAAAGUUUCUACUUCAAAUUGUGGAUAUUAUAAUAGCUACUCGCCAAAAUUUCAGAAAUUUAUCUUGCGCAAUUAUCUGUUGACAGUCGUUUUUGUGAGUCUAUUUCGGUGAUUUCCCCAAAAUGGAAAAAUUGAAUAUCGAGCUGUAAUUAAAUUUUUAUUUUUGAAAGGCAAUACGCCUUCACAAAUCAAAGAUGAGUUGGACUCUGUGUAUGGUGACUCUGCACCAUCGUUUACCACCGUAAAAUUUUGGGCAGCUGAAUUUACACGUGGUCGCAGGAGCUUGGAAGAUGAUGAACGUCCUGGGCGUCCAAAAACUGUAACCACUAACGAUAACAUCGCUAAAGUUCAUCAAUUGGUACUAGACGACCGCCGGAUUAAAGUUAGGGAAAUAGCUGAGAUUAUGAAGAUGUCAAAAGAAACUGUUUGUCACAUAUUAAACCAAGAUUUGGCCAUGAGAAAGCUGUCCGCGCGUUGGGUGCCGCGUUUGCUUACGCUAGACCACAAACGUGCGCGCAUGAACAUUUCCAGCGCUCUGUUGGAUCAGUUUAGAGGCAAUAAGACCGAGUUUUGGCGCUGAUUGAUAACUGUAGACGAAACUUGGAUUCAUCAUUAUACGCCCGAAACAAAAAACCAAUCUAAACAGUGGAUUGAAAAGGGGGAACCAGCCCCAAAAAAACCUAAAGCUGUGUAUUCGGCUGGGAAAGUGAUGGCGAGUGUUUUUUGGGACAGCCAUGAAAUUAUUUUUAUCGACUAUCUUGAAAAAGGAAAAACUAUAACAGGAGCAUACUACGCAUCAUUAUUGGACAAGCUAAAGGAAGAAAUUUCGAAAAAUCGGCCACAUUUGCAAAAAAAGAAAGUCUUGUUCCACCAAGACAACGCACCAUCUCACACCUCAACAGUCACCAUGGCACCAAGCGACUUUUUUGUUUCCUCGACUUAAAACUGCGCUCGGCGGCCAGAGAUUUUCGUCAAAUGAGGAGGCAAUCUCUUUCGUAAACUCGUAUUUUGCAGACAAAGACGCCAAGUAUUAUUUGGAAGGGUUGCAGAGAUGGGAGCAUCGCUGGGAGAAGUGGGUGGAGUUACAAGGAGACUAUGUAGAAAAAUAAAAAAAAAAUUUGAAAAAGUCGCGUGCAUCAUGGUUAGGUCGGUUAUUUAUCGAACAGCCCUCGUAUACACAUGUGCGAGAGACUAAAGCUUUAUAUCAUUAAUGUGAAUUUUAAUCAAAUACAUGAGAAAUUGUGAAAAAUUAAAAUGUU